AUGGUUUUUGCCAGCGCCAUGUUACUUUUGUUUAAGAUUUUUACUACCGGACCUGGUUACGCCACAAAUUCUUAUUCGCUUCAAAAUGCUAUGCUACACAUGGGUUUUACAAGAACUCGUAUUGGACUUUACGACAUACUUCAACCCUGUUCACUGGGAACGUUUUCAAAAGGAAAUGGCAAAUGCAUAGAAUGCCCUCCAGGUGGUUUCUAUUCUGACACUCUCGGGUACGUGGCUGAAAGCUGCAGGAGAUGUCCUAACGGAUCGUACGUUCCGUUCCACCAAACACCAGGAAAGUCAAUUCUAGAUUGUAAGGCGUGCCCCUUGGGAACUGAAAGCGACUUUUUUGCCGGAUAUCGAGCUUGUCCAUGUUUGGAAGGAUUUUAUCGAACCCAUCGAUUCGCUAAAUGUCACAAAUGCAAAGUAGGACAGUUAUGCCAAGAUGAAUAUGCCUCAUUAAAAUCUGGAUUUUGGUGGCGGUGGCGUAACGAGUCAUACAAACAGCGCUACCAGGAUUUCAUACAAAAUCUUUUGGCGUCUUCACCAGCGCUGGAUAAUUCUUCCAUACAAUACCCACAUGCGAUCCCAACACCCUAUAGAUGUCAGGUAGAGGAAGCUUGCAGAGGGGGUUUGGAUUCCACAUGUGGAGAGGGGUACGAUGGUCCACUUUGUGCAGUUUGUAGUUCAGGAUAUUACAAGCAACUGAAAUCAUGUGCAAAAUGUCCUUCAAGAGCGUGGAUUGCUACACAAUUGACGAUUAUCGUCGUCGUUCUGUUUCUGGUUAUUGCGUUUAUGAUGUGGAAGAAAAAAACUAAAUGGGAACAAGACCAGGGCCACUACCUGAUAGACAUGUUCUUUUCUAAGCUUAAAAUACUGAUUGGUUUUUAUCAGGUCACUCACGGCUUACUACAGGUGUUCUCAUACAUCGAUUGGCCGGAUUCACUGCAAGCUGUCGCCACAUACUCAGGAAUACUCCAACUGAAUCUGCUUCAGAUCGCACCUAUUCACUGUCUAUUUUCAGGAUUACAUGUAAAUGCCUUUGGAGAAUUGUUCCUGAUGUUGACUUUGAAUUUUAGUGUCAUUGGCGCCUCAGGGUUUUGUUACGUUAUCUAUAGGUCAGUAACCUUGAAAAAUGAUGAUCUUGAAGAGGAAGAGAAGUCGAGCAAAAUUUCCCGAACAAAACAGCUGUUUUACAAAAAUCUGUGUUUCUUCCUAUAUGUGACUUAUCUGAGUACAUUUUCCAAGACAGCAAGCGUUCUGCCAUUUGCCUGCCGGAAACUCUGCAGAGAUGACAAGGAAGAGCUGUGUGAAGAAUACGCCAAAGCAGAUUACAGUUUAAGAUGCCAAGGACACAUUUACAACUAUUGGCUGAUUUUGGCAUACAUUUCGACCGCCUAUCUCUUUGCUUUACCUGCCACUUCGUUCAUCGUACUUUGGAGGCAUCGGAGAGAGAUAUCAACUAUGAAAAAAGAUAAUAACGUUUCUGACAAGGAGAUAAUUGAGGGGCUGAAAUUUCUUUCCGAAAACUAUAAACCUUCUUCGUGGUAUUGGGAACUGGUUGAAAUGGCUCGUAAAGUUGUUCUUACCUCUGGUCUUAUCCUUGUGGGACAAGAGAGCAGGUCCUACAUUGGUUUGGCAUGGGUUGUUGCCGGUAUGUAUGGAGUACUUUUCUCCUGGAUGAAACCCGUACGGGAGGCCUCCGAAAACAGACUGAUGACGACUUCCUUAGCUGUCACAGUUGUAAACAUAGGCAUUGGCGCUGUGAGCAGAAUCCCAGGCGAGAAUAUAUCAGACAUGGAGGAUAAGCAAAGAGAAGAAAUCGCAAUGAAACUACUUAUACUGGGUGCCAAUACCAUGGUGAUUGGUGUUCUUGUUGUUCAAUACCUUGUGUUUUUGUACGAGUACCUCAAGGAGUGGCGCAAAAACCCACAGUGGUCCUUUUCUUGCUGUUUGGCUUUGCUUCUUCCAGUCAAUGACUUGCAAGGAGAAAUUCGAGGAAUGGUUGGUAAAAACUUGAUGAAAACUCAGCUUGACAAAGGGAUAUUAAAGAAACCAUCAAUUGCUGCCGCUGCGCUUGAAAGCGGAGCUAUGAGAUUCACUCUUUGUCAUGAGGAACUCCAAAGCGAGGAUGAACGAGAGGAACAGUUCGUCAAGGACAACGUUAAAAAAUUUCAUCGUUGGACACAAACAGAGGGUCUUUUGCCAACUUUCUCCUUAAAGGUGGAGUCUGGAUUAACGGACGGCACAAAGCAGACCACUGAACACCAGCCCUCUUUGCAUCAAAUGGCUGCAGUUGAAGCAGAAUGCAAUGCAUCACCAAAGCUGAAAACAUGCACGAAGAAAGAGGCAGACGGUACAGCAUCAUCAAAGCAGAAGAGAGACGUGAAAAAGAAGACAUUUAGCGAUGCGUCAGCAAAGCAGAAGGUAGACAUGAAAAAUGGAGCAUACAAUAAAGCACCAGCAAAGGAGGGGGAAGACAUGGAGAUUUUGGCAGAGGGUAAUGAUGUAUCACAAGGAACAGAAGAUAUUCAUUCACAAUAA